AUGACCACGCCGGUAGAUCGACUAUUAACGUCUGUUCUUAGUGCAUAUCAAGAUGUCUCAAAGCCAGAACAGUAUAAUGUUCUUUUCUCAAACACUGCUCAGCUUCUCGCUACGCUUCAGAACCCUCUCAACCUAACGCUCCUAACUUCACAUCUCCUCACCGCGCCAGCGAUCUGGAAUGGCAUGGAAGAUUUGGAAAUAAGUCUUCGAAUUAUAAGUCUUUUCAAUACGACUGCGUCAGCUGUGCAAAGACAGAACCUUGGAAGACAACCGGACAAUUCUGUUUCACAUAGCCUUCAACAUGAGGUCGGAAUAGGAUGUGAUGAUUGGGUGAAGGCGGUGGUAAGAGGGCUCAAUGAGAAAAGUCCACGAUGGCGACAUGUACUGGUCCUAUCCGGGGUACUCUUGGGAAUGUUCAACUCAGGCGAAGCUGGCAUCUCUAAUGGACUAAAGGACACACUCGAGCACGCGACAGUGACUGCAAUAAAUCUUGCACUCCCACAACUUGGGAGUAUCGGAAUCAUCGCCGCAGACUCUGUUGUCCUAGCCACGAAUCAUAUUUUCCCUCUGCUCACAGACAUCACCAGACAUUAUUUGGAUUAUGACAAUCUGCUCCCUUUCUUGAUAAGAGCCAUGACCUCAAUGGAAGGCUAUCAAGAUGGAAAGUUUUUGGCCCACAUUGACUUUGAUAUGAUAAGGGGAGAGGAUCAAAAACUCGAGUGGCCAUCAGAAUCAGCUUCAUUUCUGCAUGUUAAAAAACUAAGUACAAAACCUCUGGUCCAAUCCAUGGGAAAACUGUCACGGCUGAUAGCUGAUGCGAUCGCUCAUGUAAGGUUACCAUCAAAAAUAUCUGAAGCUAGUGGUAACCUCUUAGCCUUUACUGGCUCUUUGCUCGAGCGAUGGCAGAGAAUUCAAUUUUCCGAGUUGAGUCUGGUGGAAGAGUCGCUCCAGCUAACUUUGCAGACAAAAAAAGGUACACUUCCAACUCUAUGGCAACUAUUGAAGACUGCUAUGUUUGCGACAAUUAUAAUAUUACAAGCCAUUAUGAGCAGGACUCUAAUUGAUCCCAUCCUUUCAUCCAAGACACAUUCACCAGUCAUGGCGUCUCAGGCACUUCUUAUCCUGAAAAACCUUCACUUUAUCUCUUCUCGCCUGGGCUCAAACAAACUUUCGGCCUACACAUUUAUCAAUUUCGCUUCCAUUGAUAUCUUGACUCAAUUUCCGAAGUCUACAAUGAUCUUUCUUCGCUCUAUUUACCCUUCAGCCGCUGGAGGCGUCGCGUCGUCAUUUUUGGCGAGAAACCACGACUUAUUCUACCUAAACACAGUCGAACAUUUCACUAGCUGCCUCCAAGUAGCCGAAUCAGAAUACUUUAUCGUUGCAGUAGGGAUGCCAUAUCUCUUGACUAUCACAUCCCCAGAGCUUCGAGAGAUUUCUGAAGCCGCUCACAGUGCCAUGCUCUCUGUUUUCGCCACUCCCCACAAUAUUGAUCUCACUGCUAAGCUAGUACCAAUAUAUGCCUUCAAAGCUCUCGUGCAAAUUUCUACACCACCCACUCCGCUAGCUGCGAAUCAUCCUCUGAUGGCUGAAACGUUACUCGAAAUGUUAAAUCAGCGUGCUCUUACUGCUUCAACUAUACCUUUAGUAGCAGACGAGAACACGAUGACAAUGGAAGAUUCUCGAGCGGAAGAUGGCUCUUUUUCUGAACAAGUAGUUAUUAUUCUUGCACUUCUAGAUUCGCUUCCUUGUGUCUCACGAGCGAUUCUCGAGACGUAUUUGCCUUUGUCAGCUGACCUGAUCACCCUUGUUUCCGAUUCUUCGAUGAGAAACUACUGUCGCCAGCGAUUUUGGGAGAUGCUUGUGGGUGGUGAGAUGGACAUGGAGAAGAGUCUGACUUGUGUCGCGUGGUGGGAAAGUAAAGGGGGCCGAGAAAAGGUAUUCUUUAGCAAGGAUGGCGACGUUACUACCGCAAACCAUAAACACCGAAGUCACCUUUAG